CUGAUGCAACAACUCUUGUAUCUAUCGGUUUCAUUUCCUUCGAUUUGAUACACUGCAUUAUUUAAUAAAUACAAAAUCCAAAGUUAGUUUUCAACUUUGCAUGAAAUAAAAUCUAUCCGUUUUUUCACAAGAUCCGCGUCACCCGCAGAAACGUUAUCUUAUAAUCUCUCCCACCAUGGUAACUAUACAUAUUUUUUGGAAUUAUUCCUUGCACCAAACACCAUAAAAAAACAGAAAACCCAACUUGCUUAAAGCACCAGCUUCGUAAGCAUAGAGAGAAAGAGAGAGUGGAAAGAAAUGGGGCAUGGUGGAAACUUGCAUAAUGGAACGGAGGAAGAAGAAGAAGAAGAAGGAGGAGGAGAGAAUAAUAAUAAGAAUGAUAGCAUUCAAGAGAAGCAGGGUUCUCUGCUCUACGUUUCAAUCAAGAUGGAGAACACAACAAGCAGCAAUAACACUGGUCUCAACAAUGGUGACCUAUUCCCUCAUGUCUAUGGCUCCUUCCCACUUGUCUCUUCAUGGGAUCCUUCCAAAGCUCUUUCUUUGGAACGAGAAUCGGCGUCAAUGUGGGAGUUGAGCUUUGUUGUUCCACCUAAUCAUGAAACCUUUGAUUUUAAAUUCCUCCUUAAACCCAAGCACAUUGAUACACCUUGCUUUGUUGAGGAGGGUCCAAGUCGCCUACUCAUUGGGGCAGAAUUGCAGGAGGAAAACAGACUUGCUUUGUUUAGGCUUGAUAAUGGCAAAGUUCUAGAGUAUCGAGUUCUUGUUGAAUCAAGCAGGGUUUCCCCAUAUGACCUUGCAGCUAGUUGGAGGGCUUAUCAGGGGCAAUUUCGUCGUUCAGCUGUACGCGGGAUACCUGAUGUCAGCAUAGAUUCUGGACUUCAGACAGGUGGUGAGAGUGCUACUUCUCCGAGUUUGGAGCUUGACCUCGAGCAUUACGUUGUACCAGCUCCCUCGAAUUCUGUGGAUCCAGAUGUAGUGUAUGCUGCUAACCUAACAGAGGAUCCUAGGUCACUCAGUAGUGAACCUUGCGGUGGGUUGCAUUCAUUGGGUGAUGGAAAUCCUCCUACUGAUCAACAUGAAACUGAGACGGAGUUUAGCAUCCAAGAUUUAUCUAAGUUGUAUAAAAGUCCUGGGAUGGUUCUAUCUAAAUCAAUGGGAACACUUUCAUCUAUGCAUAAAGAAGAUGGCAAGAGGGGAGGUCUUGUCGAUAGAGGUGUUGGUUCUCCAAGACGAAGACUCAUAAAAUCUUCUAGUUCAAGCAGUUUCACUAUUGGUAUUGGUUUGGAUACUGACGCCGCCAAGAAUUCAAUUCCAGCUGCUGCUGGAGCAGUUGCAGCUGCUGCCGUUGCCGAUCAGAUGCUGGGUCCUAAAGAGGAUAGACAUCUGGCAAUUGUCAUGGUGAGUCUACCAGCUCGAGGUAAAACUUACACUGCAGGUAAACUUACAAGAUAUCUUCGUUGGUUAGGUCAUGAGACCAAACACUUCAAUGUUGGCAAGUAUCGUCGCCUUAAGCAUGGAGCAAAUCAGGUAGCAAAGCUGGCAUUUGAAGAUAUGAUAUCUUGGUUUGAAGACGGUGGUCAGGUUGGGAUAUUUGAUGCCACAAACAGUAACAAGGAACGUAGAAAAAUGCUGAUGAAAUUGGCUGAAGGAAGAUGCAAGAUUAUCUUCUUGGAGACGAUAUGCAACGAUGUAGACAUAAUUGAAAGGAAUAUACGUCUUAAAAUUCAGCAAAGUCCUGACUAUGCAGAAGUGUCAGAUUUUGAGGCUGGACUGCGAGACUUUAAAAAUCGUGUAGCCAAUUAUGAGAAGGUUUAUGAGACGGUGGAAGAAGGAUCUUACAUAAAAAUGAUUGACAUGGCCAGUGGGCGUGGUGGGCAGAUACAAGUGAAUAAUAUUGGUGGCUACCUUCCGGGUCGAAUUGUCUUUUUCUUGGUAAAUACACAUCUUACAUCACGCCCAAUUUUACUUACUCGGCAUGGAGAAAGUGAGGAUAAUGUGAGAGGAAGAAUUGGAGGAGAUCCUGCAUUAAGUAAGACUGGAGAACUUUAUAAACAGAAGCUUGCAAAAUUUAUAGAAAAGCGUCUCAAAGCGGAAAGAGCUGCAUCGAUAUGGACUAGUACGCUGCAGCGCACAAUUCUGACAGCAGCUCCAAUCGUUGGACUUCCAAAGAUACAAUGGCGAGCUCUCGACGAGAUAGAUGCCGGCGUGUGUGAUGGUAUGACAUAUGAAGAAAUCAAGAAGAACAUGCCACAGGAGUAUGAAGCACGUAAAAAGGACAAGCUUAGGUACCGGUAUCCUCGUGGGGAGUCCUACUUAGAUGUCAUUCAGAGGUUAGAGCCCGUAAUUAUCGAGCUUGAGCGACAACGAGCGCCUGUUGUUGUUGUAUCUCACCAGGCAGUAUUGAGGGCAUUAUAUGCUUAUUUUACAGAUAGACCAUUGAAAGAAAUUCCACAUAUUGAGAUGCCGUUACAUACCAUAAUAGAGAUUAACUUGGGAGCUACAGGUGUUCAAGAGAAAAGAUACAAACUCAUGGAUUGAAGAGAAGGAAUGAAAGAAGUUGAAGAUAGAUUCAUCAUUGUUUGGAUUUCUUUUACCCUUUCAUUAAUAGGAUGAGAAAAGAAAUGUUGAAUACAAUGUAAAUGUAGUUCUCUCAACCCCCCUUUAUUCAUUUUUAUGAACAUUAUUAAAUGAAAAAGAAUACAUACAAUAUAUAUGGUUGGAUCAUCGUAGGUUGCAAUUUUGCUGGCAUAAUAUUCAAGUUACAAUUAGAAGGAACUUACAAAACCAAGUUAGUGUAAUGGUAUCGGUAACUCAGAGUGUUGUGUGAGAGAGAGAGAUGAAGCUUAGAUGAAUGAAUAAGAGAAUGAGAAUGUGAUUAUUGUGUAGCAGUUACAGC